ACCAUGUUCAGUUUCAGAUGAAUGAAUAAUCAUAAUGAUGAGCGGAGACGGGACAGAAGAGAUCUGCGUUUUAUAUUUUGUAAAACAUCAUAUUUCUCCGCAUUUGUUUUAUCUGCAGACUCACUUAUCGUUAACAAGGUAGAGAACGAGAUGAAUCAGAAUGAAUUUCGGGUUUCAACUGUAUUCGCCCUCUCAUCCAAUCCAACCCUUCUCCUCUUCAAGGAAAUGUGGAUUGGUGUAUUUAUGUGGUGCUUCGUCUCGUCUGUAUUUAUCUACAGUAUUGCGGGCAUCAUCGCUUUCACCAUGCUCCGGCGCCAUAAACUCGGAAAGUUCUACAGUGUUAUGAUUCUACUGAUGGGAGUGAUUAUACCCUGCUCCCUAGGCCUACUAUCAUCCGCAGCAAUUGCAUUUGUUUACAAGCACAGCAGCUUCAGCAUGUUCCCGACUCAUGCGAUGAUGUGGGGGGUUGGGCAGACGGUCAUACAUGCAGCUGUAGGAUUCACUAGAAUCCUUGCCACACUAUAGAACCUAUCCAGCGUCUCAAGAAUUAACAAUAUUAUAUUAAGAGCUUGUGUACAAAAGUAUAUUCCUGACCACAGGGUUGGUUCAAUGAAGAACUAAAGUAUUACGCAUUGUAACUAUACUUCUGUUGAGUUGAUACUUUCCAAAGUAGCAGUGUCCCUAAAUUUAUUUUCAAUUAUUUGAAAAAACUUUCAUUACGAAAGUUUCUACCGGGAAAGUAAUCAACGUCAUUUAUAAACCCUUCUUUCUAUUUUAUCUAAUACAUGAAGCAUUUUAAUACCUGUAACCUGCACCAUUAUGAUUAUUCAGAAUGUUUUCUAAACCUUGUGUUCAAUAUCAAGCUUUGAUACAUUCCAUCUUCAUUCUUCAGCAAACAAGUUGAUUUAUCUAAGCCGGACUUAAGUUUAAUAUGCUGAACUAUUAAGCUCCAGCCUCCUUAGAUAUAAAUAAUCAUUGUACUUUGUUCUUUUCUCCUUUAAGCUCAAGGUUGUGUAUUCUACUGUUCCGUGUCAGAUCUACUAUAUUUAUCAGGCUAGAUAUCAUUAAUUUAGUUUCAUUAAUUAAUUUAGUUUAGUUUAUUGUUUAAUUUAAUGGUAAUAUGCAAUUAUGAUUCUUGCCAAUGAUUUAAUUUAUUUCAUAAACUUGAAGCAAAUGCAAGUUUUCACCAAGUUAUGAAUAUUUCUAUUUAUGAUGUAGUUUCUAGUUCCAAAUUAUUUUCUAUAUGUUUCCCCUGUAUCCCUGUAGUUGUUAUUUAUAGUUAAUUAAUGAUGCUCUUCAUGUCAUCUUAGAAAACAAACUUAUUCUAUAUUUAGAUAAUUAACAUCAGAAGUCGUGUAGUUAAUUUGUUAUCUAUUUUCUCUAUUUAUAAAAUGUGAUAUAUCUCUGGUAAAAGUGCUUUCUAUAGAAAGCCUAUGUUGACAAAAAUGACAAAAUUCUGUUGUUUCAAGAAAGGGCUGAUUUUCUUUGAUUUUAGGAACGAAGCGGAUGAAAAUUUAAUUUUUUAUUGAAUUUAAAAAGCUUUCAUGUUAUUCAGAAAAGUUAUCUUUAAUAUCAUAGAUGGGAAUUAAUUGUGCAAUAUUUUCUCCUGGUACAAGGGCUCGUCUCCAGAUUUAAUCUCUAGUAUUUUCUUGUAUAAAACCCUGUAAACAUGUAUUCAUCUCUACUCCGGGUCUAACCUGGAGAAAUAUUUAUAUCUCUGUUCUCUAG